AUGGCAGGAAAAUGUAAAAGUUGCAGGGGAGAAAAUGUGGACAUAGAUUUUAUUGUUACUCCAAAGGACGUAACCUUAUAUUGCAACCGCCUAAAAUCAGAGAAAGUAGUGAUGUUUGAUCAUAUUUAUGAAAUUCCUCAACAAUGUGUUUUCCGUGUACGGUCAAAAGGGAAGAAUUUCAAUAUUUUACACAAAGAGCAAGUCUGGAAUGAAAAACAGUUUAUCACCGGUAAUGAGCAAAUGAGUGUCAAGGAAUUUUUGUCAAAGUUUACACAGAAGAAGGCUCAAGUAGAGAACGAAGAAACGAAAGAAAAUAUAAAAGAAGACGAUAAAGAAAAAAUAAUAAACGAUAAUUCAAUUACCCCUCUUAAUCAUUAA